CUUCUAAAUUCAGGGGACGUAAGUCACAAACAUUCGGUCAGAAUUAUCUGUUUCUUCUUCUUCUUGUCCAAAUUACGAGGAAGAGAGUGAAUUCAGCGGAAAAUUAAAUUCGCCAGUUGUUGCUGUUGUGUUGCCAGCCCAGUUAGGCCUACCUACGGCUGUAUUCCAUAAUUUGACCAGUGCUGGCAGUAUCAAGCCUGCCCCAGUACGGAACAAGAGAUCAUGCCUCGUCAAAGUCAGAUAUCAAGCUCCCAGGCAUCUCAAAGGGCUGGUAACUCCAGUCAGCUGUCACAGGUGCCAUCAAGUCAGAACCAAUCACGGGCCAGCAGGGAGAUGGAUCCAGUAGAAGUGGAGAAAAAGGUGAAUGAACUGGUACAGUUUUUGUUAGUCAAGGACCAAAAGAAAAUCCCUGUCAAGAAAAGUGAAAUAAACAAACAGAUAUUGAAAGAAAGCAGCCGGAGUUUUCCUGAGUUUAUGAGGCAGGCCUCGGAGAAGUUGUCAGAGGUGUUUGGCUUCCAAGUGGUGGAGCUACAGGACAAGCUGAAGGGAAGUUACGUUCUGGUCAACAAACUGAACAACAAAGCGAGCAGUCCACACAUUUCCUGGUCCCCGGAGGACGAGGCAAAGAUGGCACUGUUGGCCAUGAUCCUCAGCACCAUCUUCAUGAAUGGGAACAUCAUCACUGAAGAGGACUUGUGGCAUGCACUCAAGAAAAUCGGAAUACGAUCUGACGAGAAGCACGGAACGUUUGGGAAUGUGAAGAGCAUGAUAAUGGAGGAAUUUGUGCGACAGGGCUACCUGGAGCUGGUGCCGCAGCCCAACACCGACCCGCAGGUCAAGGACAUCGCCUGGGGUCAGAGGGCAAAGCAUGAGUUCUCCAAGCGAGAUGCGCUUAACUUUGUCAGCCAGAUCUACGACACGGAGCCCACGGCCUGGCUCCACCAGUGGCAACAAGUCCAGGCCGAGGCAGAGGCCCAGAACCAGGACCAACCCUCCACUUCAGCCGCGACCUCAUGACCUCUGCUCCAUUUGUUUCUCUGCAGAUAUUUCCAUGAUGUUUUGUUCCUAUCGUGUAGCUGGUUUCUUGAAAAAAAAUUUCCCUGCUCAAAAUUAAUUUCAGGAAGUUUCAAUUCAUUGCUAAAUAAGUUCCGAGAUGCUAAUAACCAGGGCAUUAAACAAUGUAUUUAAUACACUUUUGAGGGUCUUUUUGUACAAAAAUUCAUUUUCUUUUGGAAAAUACAUGUUCUGUUCUCUGGUGGUAGGCUUAAUGGUCCUUAAGGACUUGCUGAUGCUGAAGAGAAAUUAUGGACUUGUGAACGAAGCCCUUAAGUCAGUUGGAGAAAUAUUUUUCCGCAGGUCUACUUUGAAAAGCUUGAAUUUCUUGAAUGUAGAAAAGUGUAUGACGGGUUUGGAGGGGGUCUUACUUGGCCAGUGCCCACCAUCUUGACCCACCGAGUGGGGAGAAUCUGUGUUUGGGUGUUGUAAAGUUGGCAGCUAUGUAAGUAAUCACAGUGAUCUGUCCUUGUUCUGUGGGAGGAUUUUUCAGUUACACGGUUGGAAAAUACCACUGUCAAUUUGACGUUGUUGAUGUACAGAAUUAAAAUGACUUUUUUUUUUACAUUGA